UUAGGGAAACUCUUGGUUUCCCAGGAAAAUACAGGAUUUCCCAUUUCGUUAAUGAUAAAAAAUUUGCAAAGCAGAGCCUCCAUUAAAGAUUCUCGUAAGAAUUCAGGUUCCCCUGUUUUGAAAACUUCGGUUUAUACCGUUAAAAUAUGGGCUGUAUUUGCUCAAAGGGAGCAUCGGAAAAGGAUGUAGCCGAAGAAUACGAGAAAGGAAAUGAAUUGACAAAGGCAACUUCGGUUCAACUGGUCGCUCCUCCGUCUCAAAAGAGAGAAAAAUUUUUGGUUGAGGUUAAUGGCGAUUGCUCGGUGCGUCCUUUAUCUCGGGCAACUUCAAGAGCCAACGCCUCUCAGACCUCUGGCUCUAUUCACAGAAAGCCCAAGGAAGACGACAACAGAGUGGUGGUCGUCGAAGGACCCUCGAUUGAUCAUCACCAGAGGUUGGCCACCAUGGAGUUGAGCUCCAGUAAAUCAGAACCACAGAUGACUAGGAUAGUUAGUGUCGUUAAUGGAAACAGCAAUGGUAGUGGAGGAAGGGACCCGAAUGAAGAGGCGGGUUGGCCGUCGUGGUUGACCUCCGUUGCCGGAGACGCCAUCAAAGGGUGGGCCCCUCGUAAGGCAGAGUCAUUUGCGAAGUUAGACAAAGAACAUACAGCAGAGGAAAGAAAAGAAACGGGAAAGAAAAUAAAAGAGGCAGACAGAGACAAAGUUAAUAAUAUGGUUAGUAGGGUUUUAUUUUUUUUAAAUAUAAAUUUAAUUAAAUAUAUAUAUAUAUAUAAUGCUUAAUUGGGCGGGUUGGGUUACAUUUUCAACCCGCCCAAUGAAACAAUUGGGCGGUUUAAAUUUUGGUCGGUUUAUUCGGGUUGCGAUUUUUGACGAUUUUUUCGGGUUGGUUUGGGCGGAUUAUUCGGGUUG